AUACAGUUUUGUAUAUUUCAUCACACUCUUAUAUUUACAUUUGCAAAUAUGUUUCCUUAUAUGAACCUAUAGAAUAGCGAAAAACGUUCAAUUUUGUAUGGACUUUUUCGUGACGUCACAAUGAUCAUAGCACUCACUUAUCGCUUGUCGCUUGGAUUAUUAUAAGCAUAAAAUCUUGGUAAUAUUAAUAGUUCUGAACGAUUUCUCUUUCUCAAACGUAAAUAUAAGUAAUAAACUGCAAUGUUAAAAAGUUCACCUGGUGAACUUUUCAAAUUGCUGUUUAUUCUUAAAUAAAUGGAUUCAUCAAAGACAUUGUCAGGUACAUGUACAUGUAUUUUGUGGGCUAUACAUGAAGCGAUAUAUCCAGUAACAUUAUGUGUUGAAGUCGGAGUUUGUACCAUCAUAUUUGAAUAAUCCACUGGUGUAUUCAAAUCUAUGGAAUUUAAUAAUCUGCACAAACAUCUCGCGUGUUUCAUUCUAUUCAUAGACAAGUUGUCCCUGCAGUCAAACAAAAUAUUUAUUGGGGUUCUGGUCUGUAGUAGUUCGACACUUCAACAAAAUAGACCAUAGUUUUCCGUCCGCAGCAAGGGGGUAAGAAAUGGUAAUAAACCUCGUAUUGUUAAUGUCCAAAAAAAUGAAUUACAUUCCUCUGAAUGGCGGUGUCACAAGUGCUUUCAUCCCAUAAAGUGUUUUGGAGCAAUCCACAUUGAAGUCAAUUAUAGGAAUAAAUCUCUCCGCAGAUAAUGCUUUGUCAAUUUUAAGGCGAGGAAUAGACUGAGUUAGAGAUAGCUGUUCAUGACCGGCGUGUGGUUCGGGACCACCACUGGGUUUGUUUUCUCACCGUAAGGGAGGUGGUCUCGAUGGGGGCCCCUUUAUUGAUCCAGCUCGGAUCGCCUGUGUAAACGCUCAGGUAUUCGAGCGUUUACCUACGUAUGAAUGUUAUCGAUGCAAUCACCACAACUAAGCAGCCGUAGGGGGUCUUUAAUCAUUGGUAGGUGUUGGCCACUUGGGAGAUGGUGUAUUGAAAAUGUUGACAUUUAAAUUUUUGGUGGGGGUGACCUACUUUCAAUGUUGACGCUGGAGAGGGAAUAUUUUUCAUUUUGUGGAAUAGAAAGCAGACGCACAGCAUGUUGCUGUUAGACGGGACUUAUAUUUUAAUGCAUUUAAUCUAAUAUCUUCAUUUGAGUGGAUUUUUCUCUUUGGGAAAACACAUCAUGAAACAACCAUAUCUAGUCGCAAGGUUGGGUGGGCCGGACCCCCUUGAUUACAUUUCUAUGUAUGCCAACCCCGGGGAUGAGAACCGGGGCAUCCCCCCUCACUGGCAUUACAUCAGCUACGGUCUGUCUGAUCUCCAUGGUGAUGGACGUGUCCAUGACCAUAACUUUAGGUGCAAUACUAACGAAGGUCCAAGUGGGUUUGGAUUUGAACUGACAUUUAGACUGAAGCGGGAGAGUGGGGAGACAAACCCCCCUACCUGGCCAGCUACCCUCAUGCAAGCCCUGGCCAGAUAUGUAUUCCAAACAGAGAACAUCCUAUACAGUGGUGACCAUGUUCCCUGGCACAUGCCCCUGGAUGGCAGUGAGUCGCGGAUUCAGCACAUGCUGAUGGCCGAGGACGCCCAACUCCUGCCCAUCACUACGCCCUUUGGAGUCGUCAACUUUGUCCAGAUCAUCGGGGUUUGUGAGGAGGAGCUAAGGGCUGCCCAGCACUGGAAUGGCCCUGGGGUCAUCGAGUUAAUCAGAUCACAGGGUUGUGCGGGAGGGCCCUGGCUUAUCACAGACAUGAGGCGAGGGGAAACAAUUUUUGAAGUAGAACCUCAUUUGCAGGACCAAGUGGAACAAGGAAUCGAAACUGAAGGCUCAAAUCUGAGUGGAGUCAACAGUCGGUGUUCUUGGGAAGAGCCAGGCGAAAACGGUGACGAUUAUUACAAUGAGGAUAUGAAGGACAACAGGACAGUUGAUGAGCGAAGGAACAGCAAUGAAAUAGACAGACCCAGAAUUUCCGAUUUUGAAUCAGAACAAAUAAAAGCAACCCUUCAAAAGGGACUACAGUUUCCACGACGAGAUUCACGGGAGUUUGAAUAUGACAAUACUAGAAGAAAACAGUCCUUUGACAGCAUAGGAAGCAGUGAGGGACCAACAGAACUGCUCAGGACACGAACACUGGACUUUGUCCACUUGAAGUUUAACUUGGAGGCCGGAUCUCUUCUUCCCCUAGCUCUGAAGGGGAGGCUUCGCCAUGGCCGACAUUUCACGUUCAUGAGUGCGCUGAAUGACACAGCGGUCACUCUGGUCUCGACGAGUGUGAACGGAUCUAUAGCUGACGAGAACCACCCCUUUGCUGCACAUGGUCCUUGGUUACAGGUGCUGUUGACGGAUGAUUUUAUUGAAGAAAUGAUAGUAGACACAGAGGAACUUGUACAUCCAGAUGAGAUCAUGUGUCCGAAAACCUACAGCUGGCCAGAGAGGCGUCUGAUGAUCACCAUCCUCCCUGACGAGGUGUGAACAUUGAGGACGAGGUGUGAACUUUGAACUUUGAGGAUGAGGUGUGAAUUUUGAGGAAGGCUACAGGGUUCGAUACCUCCAAGAUGACUUCUCACGUACCAUAUCAUCUGAGAUUACUGACUGUGUUCUAUUACUCAGUAUUAACAUGUGCCACAAGGGCAAACCUUGCCCAGAGAAGGAAAAAACAUAAUAACAUGACAUGUUCAUGUUCAUGGCAUGACAUGUUCAAAGAUAUUUGAACAGAAAUAGGCAGUCCGAUAAUACAGUGUAUUAAGUGAUUGUAUCCAGUCAAUGUUUUUUACGCAACCUGUCCUGUCUUGUGGAGAGACCGUUCUUAUUCACAAGUGUUGUUGGGUACCUUGGAUGUAUUGUGAAGUGGGUACAUUUGUGUGGGUGGGGCAAGAGCUGUGGGUGGAAUGGUGUGGGAGGCCAGUAUAAGAAGUGGUGUGACUGUCGUAACAUUCGGUAUGUGUGAAAUUCAGGACUGGAAUUUGAAACUUUGAAAACUAUUUUAUCUUAAGGUUGUGAAACUGUGAAUCAGAAAUUUUUUCUGUACAAACUGAUGGAAGAUUGGAAUGGCUAGUUUAGACAUUCGACAAGCAUACCAAUUAGAGUAGUGCUAAAAGUCUUAUUGGGACAAUUAGCCUGUCCAUGAUAAGCAUGGGCUGUUUGUUCAGAAGCACGGUCAACUUUGACGGACCUCAUCAUUUGAUUUAAAAAAAUUUUUAAAAAGAAUUAAAAUCCUGCAUCUCCCUUUCCCCAUGUCCAAAGAAUAUUGUUCUUUUCUUAAAUAUUGUUGUAGAAAUUGGGUUUUUUUCUGUUAAAAGUUGUGAAAAUUUGGUUGUACAAAUUGGAUCAACUGCCAAAUAGAUGUUUUAUAACAUUUCAUUCAGUGGAAGAGACAUUUCUGUUUUUGAUGAAACUUGUACCAAGUUGUUAAUAAUAGUAUUUUUUUUUUACCGGUAUACAUGAUCAAUUGAAAUCAAUAAUUUGGUCCUGAUCUUUUUUUUUUUAUCAUUUUACUUUCCAUGGAAGUCUGUAAAGUAUGUUGAUGUACAUGCUUUUAUUUGGCUGUAGUGUUUUACAGAGUGGUUUUAAACCACCCAUUUUGUAUUUAUUAUUAUUAUUAUUAAUUUAAUUUUCAGUUUACAGUCCAUGUUGUAUUUUUUGUUUCAUUAACUCCUUGGUUUUGGAGAUCCACCUCAUUCUGAGUUUCCUUAUGGGCGGUCAGAUUUUCGCAGAGCCUGAUUUCGGUUCAUUUUUGGAGCAGGGCUUCGAUCAUCUUCAGACAUUGCUUUCUAGAAUUGCAUCAUUUUCCAACUUAUUUGCAUAUUGAUGUUAUGAAAGGUGAUUGCCAAAAAAUGUUAUCCUUUUUUUUUCAUUUACAAUUAAAGUUCAUUUAGGGUGUGUUUACAGUGGUUUAGUCAUUUCACGAGAAACCUUUUGUUUUAAUGAGUUGUUAUGAUUUGAAUAUUUUUUUUGUUAUUUAAUAAUGUAAGAAUGAACUCUGAGGUAAAGUGAUGUCGUGAUUUUAAUAUAGAAGCAAUUCAGCAAUUUUGUUUAAGCUAGAUUCAUUUCAGCUUCUGUGUAUGUCUAGUUGUUCAAAAAAUAGUGUCUUAUGUUAAUCAUUUUGUUAUAUAUUGUAAUACUCUUCAUUCAGUUAAUAAAAUGUCAUUAAUUUA